AGCCCAACGAGGUUGUUCCAUUCCCUAAACCCUUUAAACCCUAAUCUUCCUUCUAUCCAUUCCCCUCUCCGCUCUAGUCUCACCCAGCCACCCUCCAUGCUUACCUGAAUCCCCUACACCUCCCAUCCGCCAUGGCCUUCUCCUCCUCCAAGCUCCUAACCACCGCCAUGAGAUCCUCCUUCCUGCGCUUCUACCGUCUCGCCUCCUCCCCCGUCCUGCCGCCUACCCCACGCCGCGUCCCGGGGCCAUUCCUCCCGAAACGCUUCUGCUCCGCCGCCGCCGCCACUGCCCCCUCCCCCGCAGCGCUCGAUGUCGCCUACUCUGCCGUUGCCGCUGUCUCUGCAGGCCACCCGUGGCCGGAGUGGGGCGACUUCCUCGAGAAGCUGCGGGUCAAGGGGUACUUCGUGCGACCACCCCUCGCCUCCGGUGCGGAUGCCGCCGAGAGCGCUGCCGGUAGUGGGGAGGCGGCGGCAGCGGAGGAAGCCGUAGCCGCGGUUGACCCUUACCCCUUCAGGGAUCAGAAUAGGGUGAAGAAUGCCUGCCUCAAGUUCGCUCGCGAGCGCUUCGAUCUUCUCAGCUCUCUCCCCAAGCAGGAAAUUCAAGCUAUUGUUGAGUGUGGGUGUCCUAAUAUCUUCCGAAAGGCUGUCAGUUCUGCAAAAAGGCUGAGAGAAUUUGUGCAAGUUGACGAAGGAGAUGCAUGCAGCGUUUGCAAAUUACGUGGAUCUUGUGACAAAGCCUAUGUCAUCCCAAACGCUGAGGAAGCAGCUCGUACCGUCGAUGUUGUGCGCAUACUCCUAACUUAUGCAAUAGAUCCAACCAGCCUUUCAGGAGAAAAUUCUGUUGAUGGAGUUGUGCAAGAAUCUGCAAGAAAGCUUCUGUCAGAACUUACUAUGCUUUGUGACACAACAAUUGAUCCAUCUCUUCCUAAACCUGUAUUUCAAACUGCUAGCAAGCAGGAGUCAUCGGCCAAACUUGAUAGGGGCACACAACCUCUCACGAAAUCUAGGGUAUCAGCUGGAAAGGGUAGAGAAACAGCUGUAACUGAAAUGAAGAAGGGUGAUUGGCUGUGCCCAAAUUGCAACUUCUUAAAUUUUGCUCGGAAUCGGCAAUGUCUCGAGUGCAAAUUGGAUGGACCAAAGAAGAUUCAAGCAGCCACCGCUGAAAUGAAAAUGGGAGAUUGGAUUUGUCCAGGGUGUAACUUUAUGAACUUCUCCCGCAAUAAGAUGUGCUUUAAAUGUGAAGGGCAUCGGCCAAAGAGGCAACUUAACCCUGGAGAAUGGGAAUGCCCCUCAUGUGAUUUUGUGAAUUUCCGACGCAACCAAGAGUGCUUGAAGUGCAACCAUGACCGUCCUGAAGAUGAUACCCAGGAUAAUAAGCUCGGAUAUGAUGUAUGGAGAAACACUAAGGGAGCUGACAAGGCUAGUAGCUUCGAUUCCGUGCAUCAGGAAGAUGCCGAUGCCGAUGAAGAGGUGUUGCCAUACAAAGGGGAGCGCAAGCAUGUAGUGAGUAGAAAGGUGAUACCUACCCAGAGGGGAUUCACUGACAGGAGUAGGAAAGGCGCUGAUGACUAUGAGUUGCCAUACGAAGGGGGUCGCAAGCAUGUAUCUAGCAGGAGGGCACCACCAGUCCAGAGGGGAUUCACUGGCAGUAGGAAGGAUAACGAUUAUGAAGAUGAUGUCUUGCCAUACGAAGGGGGGCGCAAGCAUGAAUCGAGCAGAAGGGCGGCUCCAGCCAACAGGAGAUUCCCCAAGGAUGAUGACGAAGAGGAUGAGGUCUUGCCAUACGAAGGGGCUCGCAAGCAUGUAGCGAGCAAAAGGGCGACACCGUCCCAGAGGAGAUUCACUGCUGCUAGAGGCCAGUGAGACUUGAGAACAUGUAGUAGGGAUACAGCAUUGAUGUUUUUGCUUGUAGCAUAUGCUGUGUUGCGUAUGUAUUCAGUUUGCUGUGUUGAGUACAAUUUUUGGUGAGCAGUUUGAUUCACGAAAUAUCAGCGUUUUAGAAAUAUCGGGACAUUCUUGAUGGGUCA